CUGGGCACCGCGGGCGAGGGUGUGCCCGGGAAUGGAAUUUGACCCUCUGACGCACCCUAGAUCGAUUAAAUCAUUCCACCGAGUCCCUGAGCUUUCGCUCCUCAUCGCAGAGGUACAAAGUGCACGCAAGGGUUUGCCCCCACAGGGGAGGGCACGGCUGGUGCUCUCCGGAAGGAGCUGGCAGGGAUGGUGUGAGCCCGCCGGCCACGCGCAAAUCCUACCGCUGUGCGAGCUGCGAGACAGCGGCGGGCUGAGGUGGAGCAGGAGGAGUUAGUCAGGGGCUGAGUCACGACUGGGUUUGCCCGCGGGAUGACAUCUAAGGAUGCUUCAGGUAAAGCUAAUAGUAACUGGAGAUGACUUCGGCUAUUGCCCUCGGAGAAACCAAGGCAUCGUGGACUGUUUCCUGGCUGGUGCGGUAUCUAACGUGUCCCUUCUAGUCAACGGAAGUGCUGCAGCAGAUGCAGCCAAGCUGGCAAGGAGAUAUAACAUCCCAAUAGGCCUGCAUGCCAACCUCUCUGAGGGCUCCCCUGUAUGUGAGGUGCUCAAGACAAACUCGUCUCUGCUCAACCAAGAUGGAUUCUUCCAUGGAAAAAUGGGAUUCAGAACAGCUCUAUCAAAAGGUCUCCUGAAUAUGUCAGAGGUGAAGCAGGAGCUAAAGGCCCAGGUGGAGCUGUUCCAUGAGCUGACAGGUCACCUACCUCCUCACAUGGAUGGGCACCAGCACGUCCAUGUACUCCCAGAGGUCAGGCAUGUAUUUGCAGAGGUGUUAGAGGAAUAUGGGAUUAAGUACACACGUGUCCCCAUAGAGCCAGGCCUUCAUAACUGUGACUGGAUUCCACCAUCCCUGAUGGACUUUUACCUGGGAGUAGAAGAAGAUUCUUUUAACACAGUGGAUGUGUUUACAAAGCAUGGAAUAAGGUGGCCAGACAUUUACAUAGGCCUGAGCACCAUGGGCAGGAACAUGUCUGUCAGCAGCAUCCGGAGUGCCAUCGACAGCGCCGUCCUGCAGCUCACGGCCAAGGCACCGCAGAGCAGCACAGUGACAAUCGAGCUGAUGGUGCACCCAGGCUACCCCAGUGUCCCACCCGUCGGUGGCUGUGGGGAAGGACCAGAUGAUUUCUCACAGUCCUGGGAACGCCUCCAUGAACUCCAGACAUUAAUUAAGCCAGAGCUGCAGAGCCAUUACAAAAGCAGGAACAUUCAGCUGUGCUCAUUCAAAGAUCUUUAAAUAAAUGAGCAGACAUCCAUCCAUCCAUCCAUCCAUCCAUCCAUCCUCUGAAGACAGGCAGUUGCUGAUGUCCAGAGAAGCCAGAUCACUGUUAUCAGUGUCACAGGCCCUGGUACAGCUCACAGGAGCUGUGAACAGCCUGGGAAUGGACACCACCACUCUGUGAGCAGCUCCAGGCAGCACCCCAGAGCCCCAGCUGCCAGUUUUAAGGCCACAACCUCUGCUCAAAAUGUGCCAAACUCCUUCUGUGACAUCCCCUCCACAGUGCCCCAGUGCAGCACAUGCUCCCAGGGCUCAGUUCCUGCCAGCAAAGGAGCAGCACGGGGCCAGACUUGGCUGUGAGACACUGCAGCACAGCACUCUGAAGGGUCUGAUCAUUUCUCCUUUCAGACUUGAUGGCAAAACAAGAACCCUGCCGGGAAGCGGGUGCUGCUUUGGAGCAGCCACUCAGUGUAGGUCACCCACAGGAGACCCGGACACCUUCAGCAUUUGGUUCUCUGAAAGCAGCCAGUCCCUGCCCCUCCACUUGUACCUGCUCACCGGCAGUGAGGGGUGCAGGGACACGUCACCCUCAGAGCCUUCCUCUGGUCAGAGCAGUCGAGUCACACGUGGCCCAGUGGGGUCUGCAGCCACCUCCCGGGAUCCGCCUCAGCCGGCAGGAAUUGUGUCUGCCUGUUUACGUUGCCUCUUGGUGUUAAGCUCCACCUAGGAAAGUAACAUCAGCUGUAGCCCCUUAGGAGAGGCUUCUUAUUUUUUGGAUGACUUUGCAGGAGCAGCAACUGUUGACCCAUCUGCUAUUUCAGUAACUGCUGUGUAUGAGAGCAGCAGCAACUGGUCCUGCACCACCUACUGCCCCUCAGGACAACCAUGAGCUGUGCCAGCCAUGAGCAUGGCUGCGAGUGGAGAAGGUCCCUGUAUUUGUCUCUUCUAUUCCUGUCACCAGAGCAUUCAAACUCCAACAAGCCCCACUAGUGCUGAUAUGUUCUUAACUGCAGCCCUGUCAUUCCUGUAAGGACUUUCACAUGGAGAAAAAAUAUUGUAAUUGUUUAUACUCAUUCUCUGCACAAGAGUGAUCUAUUUAACGUAAGUGGUUUUGUUAACCAUAUUUUUUAAUAUAAAAUAUAUCAAUAUCAUCAUUAUUCUUUUAAAUGAAAAAUAAACUCAGACCUUUUCUACUGCAA